CUAUUCUAGUCUCGUCUAGGCAAUAGGUGGAAUUGUAACCAUCAUCACGUGUCGCUAUUGUGUCUACUCGAUUUUAUGCCGCGUUCAACUGCUAGUCGUAACAAGGAAACUCGGACAUUUCGACUUGCUAUCUGAAUGAACGCAGCACGUGAAUAACUAUACGGUCGAACAUUUCCGAUGUUUGCGACUUGCUCUAACUGGUUGUAGUUAUGCAUGAUACUGCAUUAGUUCCGACUGGAACGUGAACGCGGCAUACCUCAAGAGUGGGCUACAGCGAUGAUGCGAUGCUGCGUAGGCUACGUGUGAGUGGGAUGCAAGUAGCUCGCCGCCGACAUUCUAGUUGCUGGGUGCACGCACGGUAGGUUACUGCGGUAAGGAUGCGUCUGCUGACUGGCUCGAAUAAGAUGAGCAAAGAGACUCACAGAAAAAUAUGAUUUUAUUUUUAAAACAGCCUUUUGACUUCGAUGCAGGUAUAGGGGACCUUUUCCACCUUUAAAUGUAUGUAUAGUAGCCUAAAUAAACCCUCGUCGGUCGAUGCUCAUGGAGUCGUGUUCGUGGGAGACGCAUAAAAUGAUCCUACAGACAGACGCGAGUCAAAUACGACAAUUAUGAAAUGAAGGUUAACGUCAAGCAGACUACAUCCAACAGCAAUUAGAUGUCUGGCAACGUCUAGCUCGGAGAAUCUGAGUAUGAAAUGGUUGUUUAGGUAAACUGAAUUGGUUUACAUGCCUGACACCCGUUGAUAGAAAUACUCUGAAGCUGCGUAUCUGGAUGGAGAACGCUGUUGACAGCACUGUCACUGAAUAUUACUCAGAAAUACACUGCGCGUCAUUACUUUGAGUGUCUAUUCUUCAUGCGUUGAAGCCUCCUUGUUAAGGUACAUAGAAGUUUGAAGAUUGCACAUUAGCGAAUAUUUUUGAUACUAUCUUAAUCAUCUGAAGGCUGCAACAAUGAUCCAGCAGAACAAUAACAACAACUACCCAUGCCUGGAGAUGUCUGGCUCCCCCAGGGAGGUGCUGCAGAAGUGCCAAAAAAGCAAUCUUCCCUUCACCAGACGCUUGGAGCUUGGGGACAUGCCCUUAGUAAAGGGCCUUCGGGCCUGGGCUGCGUGCUCCAAGAACCGCAGGAGGGCAGCACCUCCCCCCAGGUCCCAAGGAACGUGCCCCAGGCCUGCAGAUGUCUACCCAGUGGGACAGUGGGGCAGGCUGGGUUAUGGUCUGGGGCUACCGCUGGACUCCAACUAUGCCUCCAACCCCAGACAGACAGGCCUGGGGGCACUGGUGACUGUGGCCACGUUGAAGGCCUCUGAGGGAGGUGGUCAGACUCAGACAAGCUGUCUGUUCCUCAAGACGGAGGGUGGAAGGUGCCUCUACUCCACAGGCAGCCCAAGGCCCUGCACUCAAGGUCUGGUCCCUCAGUCCCCCUCCACGCUGGUGGGCAGCUGGCUGAGGGAUAAAGUGGGAGGGGUCAGGGACUCCUCCACGGUGGGGAAAAUGGGGGUGCGGGAUAUGGGAGGGCCCUUGGGGUCGUACCAGGUCAAAUCGAGGUCAGCCCAGAGGUGGAGGACAUCCUGCAAGCCUGUGGUUUCCAUCCAGGGGAGAACAUUGCGGAACAGGGAGAAUGCUGGCGAGCAUACCCUGGAAGGGAGCCAGGAAAGCAGGGACAAAGGGGAGUUUCCCACAGCUGGUCAGGACACUCCGAGUGGAAAACAAGACCGAGGGAGUACUAGAAGCCCCAAAUGCAGUCACGCUCAGACCAAGACCUGCACCCAGUGUCACGGGCGGAGAGGAGGGCAGGGGAGCAGCGGGGGUCCGAGGGAAGCUGCCUCUGUAUGUGAGCAGGACCAGUUCAGCUGCGGUGUGGAGGGGAUUAAGGAGGAGGGGAAAGUGCUGGAUGGCACUGGUCUCACCCGGUCAAAGCCCUGUGACUCCUGCCUGCCUCCAGACAAUGCUGACCCAGAAAACUGCAGCAGUGACGUUGGGGACCGGGGAAAGCCAGACAGCGCACACACACAGGAGGGGCUGCAUCCUGAAACUUCUCUCAACAAGGAGCACUUCCAGGACAAACUAUGGGAUAAAGACAUACAUACUGGAGGCAACGAUGUGGCCAGUGGUAUCAUAAGACAUGUGGAAGACUUUGAUGGCGUGAUGGGUGCUGUGAUUGGGUUUGUGGAUCAUAUCAAGUCUGCAGAGUGUGAUUCAGAGAGGCUAAGGGGGACCGGGGAGAUAGCUGAGGGGAACCUGCCCAACAGGUGGAUCGAUGUUCGAACCUCAGAGAGCCACUGCUGCUCUGAGAGAAGCUGCCUCAAAGACUGCUCCACUCAACCACCCACACCAGUAGAGGGCAGCAUUUCUACUGCUUCUGAUGAGACUGGCUAUGGUCAGAUAAAUCAGGAAACUAAAUCAGAUAGUCAAUACAAUAAGCUUUGUGAGAAAUGUCAGCCAGAAGAAAAAGAUCCUGUGGCAGUGGAUAAAGAAGGGUUACAGGAAUCUGUACAUGGCGUCUGUGAGGAAGAGGAGAUAGAGGGGGAGGAGGGGAUCCAGUCAACAGCACCAGCAAUUAGGGAGCUCUGUGGGGAGCAUGGAGAGAUACUGCCUGAGGUCAGGAGCACAGACGAUGAGGCCAGGCUGGUAAGGGGAGACAUCAUAUCCCAGAGAACUGAGCGAGGGCCUCACUGGGCAACGGAGGACCAUGAGUCCGAGGAGACAUGUAGGAUGGAAGAGAGGUGCUUUUCAGAUUUACCAGCUAACCUAACUGAAGAGGCCGUAGUAGGGUGGAGGAAGACAGGGACUAGGCAAUUUAAUUCCCUUUUACAAGGCUCUGCUGUUGCUGGCCCUGCUACCUCUGUCACACACUCGCUGCCUAAUCCGGUCUCCUCAAGAGCCAUGGCAACAGGCCUCCCUGCUCCGAAUGGGGGGCAAACAGAUGCUGGAGGUGGGGCUCUGGUGCCUCUGCUACGGAGCCCAGGGGAGCAGGAGUGGAAGAGGGGCCUGGACGAGAGCAAGGUGGCCUCCAACAGGGGGUUCCUGAAUGGGGGGCCAGAGGGGGAGGAUGACUUUGGGCUUUUCAUGCAGGCAGAGGAGCAGACACCCGGGGACGACAGCUUCACUGCAUCAUCCCUAGUGCCUUCUUGGAAAAGUGAGAGUGUUGGUUGGACAGACAGCUCAUUCCAACAAUCAGAGGAUGCCUGGACAGCCUUCCCAAAGGAUACAGCGGGAGAAGGGCAAGACACAAGAGAACAGUGGUGGCCCACAAAUGCUGUGGAGGAGACAAGGGGCAGAUUCUCUGCCACGCAAAAUGUGAACAAAGUGUUUGUGGAGGCCUUCCCGUCACUGUCUUCUCCCCCGUAUGAUCGUGAUGCUGUUCCCACACUCAGCCAGCUCCUCAGAGGCGUCUUGGAUCAUGAAAGCUUUGCAGAGGAUCAUGGCUUACUCGAUGGGUUCCAUGACUUGAACAAGAUGUUUGGCUUGAAAUAUAAGAGGGCAAAUGCUGUUUCCCGUGAACGUCUUCUACAGUCGCUACAUUUGGACCAGUGUAACACGGAAAAUAUGACUGGGCACCGAGCAGCCAACUACAGUCCCUGUCUUGGCCUCCCCUCGUCCAGUCAGCAUGCACAGGCCUGUGGGAAGAGACGUUUAUCGUAUGUCAACAAGAACAUCAUGGAAUAACCAAAAUGUCCACUUUCCCUGACCUUCAACAACACAUUUAGCCUUUUUUAUGCCUGUCCAUGCCAAACCACUAAUGGGACACAGUCUUCAUCUCCAUGGGGAGAAAUAACUAAACAUUUCACAAGAUUCAGAACUCAGAGGAUGCUCUCCUUGGGCCGACUGGACCACCUGACUAUAUGGUGACCCUUAAUAAUGCCCUGUUUUGCUUUACCUUCUCUGGAGUUAGAUCACCGAUGCAUACCUGUGACAAAUUUGAUAAAAUGAAGCACUAAUUGUAAUUUUUGUCUCACAGAUAUUUUUAAAAUACAUGCAAAUGUUAACAUUCUUAUAAAUCUUAUUCUUAUGGACUAUAGGAAAUGUUAAAGUAAUUAGUGUUUGUCCGGAGAAGUGGAUGUCUAUACCCCUACCCCCCCUUUGUUCACUCCCACCCUCUUUCUCACACACACACUGACAUGGACACAAACAACAAACACAUACUAUCCUCUCCUGUCACGUGAUCUGGCUCAAACGUGCCGGUGACAACUCUGGAGCAGAAUAUACUGUAGAUUUAGCAAACAUUGGAGCUCACAUGGAUCACAGCUCCUUUUCUUAUUAUCAUAGUAAAUAAUUACCAUGUUUACUGAAAUGAUUACAUUUAAAUUGGGGUGUUUCUGGCUGUCAGAAUACAGUUGUUUUGUGCUGGCAAAGAGAAAACGUGUUAUUUUACCCGUACACGUUUGUUUUAGAUCACAAAAAGCAGUCAAGUCAUGUUUAGAUUCUAUUUGUUUCUCUAUUGAUUGUUGUUUGUGGGUAACCCAGGGCAACUCACUAGGCCUACAGAAAAUGUAGUGAAUGUUUGUCAUUUGUACAUAAUAUGUAUUCCUCAAGAAAAAUACAGAUUUUCUGAGUUGUUCAAAUUGAUAAAAAUAGAUAGUCAACUUGUUAAUUGAUGUAAUAAAAUGAUACGUUGA